AUGCCCCUUUUCGGCGUGCCCAAAGAAGUGGCCGUCGGGACGGCGAUGCUGGGGGUCGCCUUUGCCACGGGGAUGCUGGCAGGUAGAAGAUACCCUUCUUUAGUUUUUGGGACACCCAAAUCAUCCAUUGGUAAAAACAGCCCUCUCCAGCAGUACAUAUUGGAUUAUUCUUUGCGGGAACAUCCAGUUCUAAAGAAGCUGCGUCUGCUCACUGCUGAUCAUCCCAGGAGUAGAAUGAUGGUGUCCUGUGACCAGGCUCAGCUUUUGGCAAAUUUGGUCCAACUCAUUAAAGCCAAGAAAGUUAUUGAAAUAGGUGUUUUCACAGGUUAUAAUGCCUUGAACAUGGCACUUGUCCUGCCAGAUAAUGGCAAAGUUAUUGCUUGUGAUAUCAAUGAAGACUACAUCAAAAUUGGAAGGCCACUGUGGAAGGAGGCAGGAAUAGAGCAUAAAAUCGACCUGCGGAUUAAGCCAGCAAUUCAUACACUUGAUGAACUCUUGGCCAGUGGAGAAGCAGAAACCUUUGACUUUGCUUUCAUUGAUGCGGAUAAAGAAAGCUACAAUGAGUACUACGAAAAAUGUAUGCACCUCAUAAAGAAAGGGGGAAUAAUAGCUAUUGAUAAUGUCCUUUGGAAAGGAAAGGUGCUAAAACCAAGAAGGGGUGACUUGGAAACCCAGAGCAUCCACCACCUCAACGAGAAGCUUCUCAGAGAUGCACGCAUCAAUAUCAGCAUGCUCCUAAUGGGUGAUGGCCUCACAUUAGCAUUCAAGUUGUAA